AUGCCGCUGGGACCGUUUAGGAAAAAAAACAAGUCGACCAAGGAGCACCUGGUGGACAACGAGGAGGUCGGGGGCGGCCACCACGCAAACGCGGCUGGCUCGCUGCUUACCGGCGGCGGCGGCCACAAGUCGGCGGUGAACGGCGGCGGUGGCUUGCCCCCGCCGCCUGCCAACCUGCGGCCCAAGCUGGUCUUCCACACGCAGCUGGCCCACGGCAGCCCCACCGGCAGGAUCGAAGGCUUCUCUAACGUCAAGGAGCUGUACGCCAAAAUUGCUGACGCCUUUAACAUCAGCCCACCCGAAAUCCUCUUUUGCACCCUCAAUACACACAAGAUUGACAUGGACAAGCUGCUGGGUGGCCAGAUUGGACUGGAGGACUUCAUCUUCGCCCACGUCCGGGGCAUCAAGAAGGAGGUCGAGGUGUUAAAGUCGGAGGACGCGCUGGGCCUUACCAUCACUGACAACGGCGCAGGGUGCGCCUUCAUCAAGCGCAUCAAAGAGGGCAGCGUGGUUGACAAGGUGAAGGUGAUCUGCGUGGGCGACCACAUUGAGCGCAUUAACGGCCGCAACAUCGUGGGCACACGCCACUACGAGGUGGCCCGCAUGCUCAAGGAGCUGCACAGGAACGAGACCUUCACCCUCAAGCUGGUGGAGCCCAUGAAGGCCUUUGAAAUGUUGGAGCCGAGGUCCAAGGGCGCCAAGCCCAACAGUGACAACAAAAUUGGGAACGGCAAGGGAACGCUUCGACUUCGCUCCAAGGGCCCGGCCACAGUGGAGGAUGAGGCAAGUGCUGUAACUCAUCAAUAUACUGUAUUGUAAAAACGGAUAAAAAAAAGCAUGUUAAACACUUGAGUUUUUUGCAUUGUGCAGCCAACAGAGUUUGAAGAGAAAGCAGUGAAAAAGGUGGAUGACCUGCUGGAGAGCUACAUGGGUAUCAGAGACACAGAACUUGCUGCUACCAUGGUGGAAGUUGGGCGUGACAAAAAGAACCCUGACGAGUUCGCCAUGGCACUUGAUGAGACCCUCGGCGACUUCGCCUUUCCGGACGAGUUUGUCUUCGACGUGUGGGGGGCCAUCGGAGACGCCAAGCAAGGAAGGUUCUAGGUUGAC